AUUAUUGCUGUAUUCAAGAUGGUUUUAAAGUCGUAUCAUUUUAAUUAUUUAAAAUCGUACCUAGGCUUCAACAAGUCUGAAUUCGUAAUUGUUUGUUAUCAUAUGGCAAAGAAUAAAUAAAUUUCGACUCUAGAUCUUUUGUUUCCUUCUCAUCCAAAACAUUUUUUUAGCUUUGCUAUCCUCUAGAGGUUGUUAUCAUUGUUCAUAAAAGUUAAUGUUACAGUUGUGGAUUUGUUUUUUAAUCAUAAGUUUUUUACCCAAAUCUUCAUUUAACCUGUGGUGGUUAUUGAGUGUGAAGUAAUAAAAAUAUCAUGAUGUAAUAAAGAUACCAAGAUGUUAGAACGUUAUCAUAAAAAUAAUGAUAACAAGGCAAGUUUGGUUUAUUAGGAGGAAACUUUAAAAAACCCCCUCAACGGAAAACAAGAUUAAAUCGCACAAAUGAAGAUCUUUCACCUAUAUCUUGGAAUAAAUAUUUCGAAAACAGAAGAAUUGUAGAAAUUGAUGGCAACAAAUUUAUGACAUACUCUUUGGGCGAAUCAAAUUCAGUGUUAAUUGUAUUACUUCAUGGUGGAGGAUUUAAUGCUUUAACAUGGUCUCUUUUUGUGGUAAAUAUACGAACAAAUUUGGAAAAGCAAGUAGAUUGUCAAAUACUAGCUAUAGACCUCAGAGGUCAUGGAAAUACUUUUACAACUGAUGAUAGUGAUUUAUCGAUGACAUCUUUCACAAACGAUGUUAUAAAUAUUUUAUCACAAUUAUAUCAGGAUCAGAUGCCUUCAAUAGUAUUAAUGGGUCAUAGUUUAGGAGGUGCUAUAGCAGUGAAUGUAGCUUCAAUGUCUGAAUCAAAAUUACCAAUUAUUGGAUUGGUUGUAAUUGAUGUUGUUGAAGGUUCAGCUAUGGAGUCUUUAGCAAGUAUGCAAAGUUUCCUGAGGAGUCGACCAAAGUCUUUCAAAAGCAUUAAAGAUGCUAUUUCAUGGGGGAUGGGUAAUGGGCAUAUAAAAAAUGAAGAAUCAGCUCGAGUUUCUAUACCAGGACAAAUAAAAAAUGUUAUAACUGGCAAACUUGCAUCAGAAGAAUUUGAAGAUCAAACAAUUAAUAUCCAGGAUGUGUCUGAAUCAGAUGAAUCAUCUCAAUAUACUACUAUCCAUUCUAUAAAUGAAGAUGAAGUGUGCAAUUUACCAACCUUUUCACCUCCAAGAGUUACAGAUAAUUAUACAUGGCGAAUUGACUUAUGUAAAACUGAGAAACAUUGGUCUGGGUGGUUCCAAGGUUUAUCAAAAAAAUUUUUGACUAUUCAUGCUCAAAAGCUAUUGUUAUUAGCAAAUAUUGAUAGAAUGGAUAAAGAUUUAACUGUUGGGCAAAUGCAAGGUAAAUUUGAAAUGCAAGUAUUAACUAGAGUUGGACAUGCAGUUCAAGAAGAUGAUCCAGAUAAAGUUGCCAGUAUUUUGGCCAACUUCUUAGUGAGAAAUAAAUUUACCACACCAAAAGCAGAUUUUGUUCGAAUUCUCCCAGGAUGCUAAAAUGCUGCAGUAAAAUAUUUAUAGGUAGGUGAACUACACUAACAAGUAGCAUUAAAUUUGUUUAAAAUUGUAUUUAUAAACUUUUUCAUUGACACUAAAAAAUUAUUUAAAAUAAAUUGAAAAAUUAAAUUAUUAGGUUAAUAUAUUUUAAUAGGAUUAGAAAAAGCAUGUUAAAAAGUUUAAUAAUAGAUGUGAAAGAAAUACAUUUUUCGAAUUAUGAUAUAAAAAGUACAUUUAAAUAAUUUAAUUAUUAUUAACAGAUAAUAAACAUUCAAUUAAUAUAAAAAUUAAUAAAUAGUUUUAUAUUCAAUCUUA